AUGGCGAUGUUUUCGUUCUACGACACCUGGGAAAGGAAAAAGUACUUUCACUACAAAUAUGCUCAAAGGCCUUUGAGCGACAGCGACGCAAGAUGGCAGCCACCACGGGCUCGGACAAUUUAUGAAAACCGAAUAUACAGCCUUAAAAUAGAAUGUGGACCUAAAUACCCAGAAGCACCCCCCUUUGUAAGAUUUGUAACAAAAAUUAAUAUGAAUGGAGUUAAUAGUUCUAAUGGAGUGGUGGACCCAAGAGCCAUAUCAGUGCUAGCAAAAUGGCAGAAUUCGUAUAGCAUCAAAGUUGUCCUGCAAGAGCUUCGGCGCCUAAUGAUGUCUAAAGAAAAUAUGAAACUCCCUCAGCCACCUGAAGGACAGUGUUACAGCAAUUAAUCAAAAAGAAAAA